AUGUUGGAUUUCGGUGUUUUGUGGAGGUUUUCGAGGCUGACGGCGGGGUUUCUGUUCUGCUCGUUGUUCCGAUGCUCACAGGCAAUCAUCGCAAAAGCCUCCGGAUGAGCUUUUUGAACGUUUUCGACAAUCAUUCCCCGGCGUGCGCGCGGGAUCAACGAGCGGGCCAAGCGAGUCGCAUUUGCAGACAGCAGGCGGACUACAUGAUUCCACCCUGAAUCAGCCGAGGCAAGUUCCAUGUCAUAUCCUUGAAGCGCGAGUCGUUCCCGCUUCUCCCUUCUCUACACUUAAUCGGGGGAGGGGAGGGGGGAAUGGUCUACUUGUCAUUGCGUGGGGUGAGGGGAAGUUCUUUUUCCUGUCCCCUUUACCAAUUGGCCUUUUUUGAGGGGAAAUCACCCCGCGAUCUCUGGAAAGGUACGGAGGUGGGAGCUUUCGGGUCACCCCGCUGACAAUCUUUCCCCCUCCGGAUUAACAGAUUUGGACAUGAUCAUGAAGACCUCGAACCCACACCGAAAGCACCCUCGGAGCCAUUUCGCUUCACCCCAUCGCUGCUAGACCCAACGUCCGCUGCGUUUGCAGCAUUCGCGAAUCAGCCUCCUGGUCUUUUCACGCCAACUCCGGGCGGCACGAAUACCGUGUACAACCCAGCCCAUAACGAUCUCCAAACACCUAAUGUAGGAAUCAAUGUGGGGACGCCCUUAUCGUUGCCGAAUACCACGGUGAUGGCCCCACCGACCACCAGCGGGGUCGGUGUUACAGACUAUGAUCCGCAAACCAUCCAACCACAUCAAUUCCACAACUACCAUCCCUUCAGUCAGCCCUUGCAGCCCCAUUUUCUGGACCCUACCCAGUAUGCCCCGGCAUCGCCAGGGCCGGGUAGCCCUAUGGACCUGGGGGAUGGUGGGGGCGAGAUCUUGCCGGAGCCUGGGCCCCUGGAUGGGUCUGCGAUGGGGCCCACCCAGCUAUUGGCGUUGGAGGGGAAGCAAUACGACCACGAGCUUGGGCCGAUUGCGUCAUCCGAAAGGUUUGUCUUGUUCAUGCCGCCAUCGCUCAUCAGGACAUCAUAGUCCUCGCCGGUGCCCAUUGCAUUGCCAUUUCUCGGCCUGCGAUACCCUAAGAAUAGCCCAUCAUCACUGCCGGGUCUUGUGAGGGGAAUAUUUGCUGUUUGUUUGCUAACCCCACAAUCUACCAUAGAUUCCGCUUCAAUGUUGUUUUGAACGCGCCCACAGCGAUGGUAAAGCACCCCGACGAGAUUCCGGUUACGUAUCUUAACAAGGGCCAAGCAUAUGCAAUAUCAAUCUUGGAUACCGCUCCGCCCCCUGGCGCUGGGCCCAUGAGGUAUCGUACCUAUGUUCGAAUAUCCUUUCAUGAUGAAACGCAACGCUCAAGACCAGCAUCGUGUUGGCAACUAUGGAAGGAAGGUCGGGGGACUAAUGAAGCUCACCAGCGAGGCGGAAAACUGCAAGCCGUUGAGUACGUUGAAGCGUCCUCUCAGCCCGAGGAUGACAAGAAGAAAGGGAGGGUCGACAUUGAGACAGCAUCUUUCGAUAGUUUCGCCGUUAUAUGGUCCCCUUCGUCUUCCGGCUCCCCAGAGACCUCUGUAUCCGUACGAUUCAACUUCCUUUCCACGGACUUUAGCCAUUCGAAGGGUGUGAAGGGCAUUCCCGUGAGGUUGUGUGCCAAGACCGAGGUUUUGUCAUCAGGUUCACCACAUCCCCCGCGGGAACGGCCAGAGAUCUGCUUCUGUAAGGUUAAGCUUUUCCGGGACCAUGGAGCGGAAAGAAAGUUGGCCAAUGACAUCCUGCAUGUCAAGAAGACUAUUGAGAAGCUUAAGCAGCAAGCAAACCAGGUUGAGGGGGUGGGCAUGAAAGCAUUCGGCAAGAAGGGCAAGAAGGAUGAGGAUCCCGUAAAGCCUGGAAAGGCGCUAAAGCAUAAGCGGACAUGGUCAAUGUCUUCUGCAAGUUCUGUUGGCGGAGGAAGGACUCAGGAAGAGGAUACCAAUGCCAAGUUAGCCAGUAUGCAGGACAUGUUCACUAGCACACGGGCCGUCAGUGUUUUAUAUCUCCGGGGGAGCGAGAUCGACGAUCCCGAUCUGCAUCCAGUUCAUCUGCCCGGGGAAAUGCCAGAAAUCUCGGAAGAUGUGUGGGCCAGAAGGAGAUCAAGCGUGGCCACCACGAAUACUACUGCAUCCUCAUUUGUCUCGCCAACGCCGAGCUCAGAAUCACAGUCUAGCCAGCGUGGCGAUGCUUUUAACUCGCUGGAAAGCCGCGAUUGGGAGAGGGGAUUUCAGCCUCUGCCUCACCCCCAACAACAACAACCGCACCAUCUGGGCGUGUCUGAUGCUCCGGUUCGUAUCAAGCCCGACGCUGGUAUGCUCUCUGGCUGGAUAGAAGCGAUCGGGAUUGACUCCUCGUAUAACGCGCCCCCAGAAAGGCCUGUCAAGCCUGGUCAGUGAUAUUUCUCUAUCCUCCGCACCCCCCAAUCUCGGCCAAUGAUUUUACUGAUAAAAUCUAUAGUAAUGUCUAUAUACAUCCUCCCAACGCCAAUUGGAUCACCCCCACAAGCAGACCAGUAUUACCGAGCGGUUUACCUCCAAGCCCGUGCCUCAUCCUGUCUAGCUGCGAGCAUUGCCUCCAAAUGCGGAAUUGACCCCUCGGCCGUACUUCGAACUGUUCACGUAAACCCCCGUGGCCUGACUAUCCUGGUUGACGACGAAUUUGUUAGAGAGAUGCCAGAAGGCCAGGAUAUGAAGGUUCAGGCUGUCGAGAUUCGUGAGGAAUCGCCGUUCACUUCGCUCCCUCAGGAAUCCGAGGGCGAGGCUGGAACGGGGGCAAAGAACGGAUGGGAGCUGAGGCUCAUAUAUUGACCACAUAGCCCUUUCUGACCAAGAACCCCCGUUCCGUUAUCAUUGUUUAAGCGCUACUGUUUGAGCGUGUCCUGUAGGCGUAGCGUGGCGAUUGGAAAUCCCUGUUCCUAACACUCAUUUUGGCCCUUCCAAAAAAAACACAAAAUCGUGACACGGCGAAGUGCCAUUACGGGUCCUUUUAGCCUUCAAUUGUAUCGCUCACUGAGCUGGUUUAAAUCCAGACGUUUCCUAUUUAUUUUUGGUUUGCCUUCGCCUAUGUCCUAGUUCGCUUUUUUCCUCUGCUGUUUUCCUUCAGCUUUUUGAAUAUUUGGGUGGUCUUGUACACGAUGGACUAUUUUUUCUCCUUUAUCCCCUUUCCGCCUGAUCUAUCGGGGCAAGUAAUCUCGUCCAUCAUACUAUUAUUUUCUUAGUACAUGAUCUUUAUCUUCCUGUUACUACUAGCUUACUUGCUUUUUUCCUCCCAACUCUCUCUUUCCUUAUGGCUCACUCACUGGGAACCCUCCCCCCCCUCCGAUCUGGAAUUUUUUUAUUCCUCUUGCUGUCGUCUGUCAUCACUCUUUUUUAGGUUAUUUUGGGUUUCUUCUAGUAAAAUGCUCUAUUAUAUCCAUUGGUGCAUUAGCUCUGGUUAUAUUAUCUAGUUUUGGUUUUUUCUUUUGGAAAAUGUGGAAAAAAAAUGCUUUGGUUCGAGGGGUUUUUUUUUUUCGGAUGCUUCCGACCUGUUAAGGAGUGAGGGUUUGCUCGUCGUUGUGUUUGCUAUAUCAUGAGCUUUUUGGUUACCCCUGUUUCUCUCAUCCCUUUUCUUAUCGUUAACCCGGGCCGUGGUUGGGAUACCUGUUUCUGAAUUCUUGUGAAGCUUAAUUGGGAGAUAGCAGCACGAUAUUAUACUAUCGGGCUAUUGGUUGGAUUGGUAGGGUAAUUUCUCCGGGGUCUACCGGUAUAUGAUUACUGUGUGCCGGGCUUCCGGUUCGUUUUCUUUUAUUGGUGCGUUCUAUGUAUGUAGCAUCGACGGCGCGAUAUCCCACUUGACCUCUCGAUACUGUGGCAGCCUUUAUUACCCUAGUUGCCAUAGACUGGGGUACUAUAGGGUUUAGGUCAUAGGUGAGCACUCGUAGUCCGCAUGGGGAACAACGACAGUUAGCAUAAUAUCAUAAUAAUAUUAUUAUGAUACUGAAAAAGUCCUUAGGCGUUGCCAAGACCUCUUGAUCUCCUGGCUCUUUCCGGAACUUUCUCUCAACGACGC